AUGUCUAAGAUUGUUCGAACUAUCAAAAAUAAGACAAAUGGCUAUCUGUCUGCCCAAGUUUUAGUGCGUAAUGCCACUUCGAAUGACCCGUCCGGUCCUACCACGUAUGAGAUGGAGGAGAUCGCUGCCGCAACCUAUAACAACCAGACUGAGUUCUUAGAGAUCAUGGAUAUGCUUGAUCGUCGUCUCAAUGAUAAAGGUAAGAAUUGGCGUCAUGUGGCUAAGUCAUUAACCGUCUUGGACUACUUGGUACGCUUUGGAUCUACAAAGUGUGUGCUUUGGUCGAAAGACAAUUUAUACAUUGUGAAAACUUUACGUGAGUUCGUGCACUUUGAUGAUGCCAGCAACGAUCAGGGAGCUAUCAUCAGAGUCAAGGCUAAGGAGUUAGUUGCGCUUUUGCGUGAUGACGAAAGGCUCACGAGGGAAAGACAAAACGCCAAGUCAAACGGUCGCAGAAGAGACGAGGAGAGAAGAAGACCAGAGAGACCUGCAAACGAGGACCCUUAUGAUUCCGAUUUGCAACGAGCUUUGGAACUCUCUCGUGAGACCGCUGAAGAAGAGAGAGGUAGAAACACAAGAAACACUGAAGCUGACGACCCAGAGCUUCAGGCGGCAUUGAAACUUUCGCUUGAGGAGGAAGAGAUGAGAAAGCUCAAGAAUCAACAAAACGAUAAUUUGUUGGAUCUCAACGACAAUUAUGGCUUCCCUCAGCAACAGCAGCAGCCCCAGUACUACUAUCAAACUGGGCAGUUUCAGCCUCAAUAUAAUCAGCAAUUCUCAUACUUCCCACAGCAGCAGUCUCAACAGCAACAGCAGUUUGACAUGUUCGGGAACCCAAUCCAAGCCUCGAACACGGGGUUCUACCCUCAGCAACAACAACCACAGCAGUUUUCUCAACCUCAGAUUCCCCAGUUCACCGGGUUUGCCAAUCCCUCUGCGGCCAAUAACACUGAAGAGUUGAAACCUCUAAAAACAGGAUCCAACAAUCCUUUUGCUUUGCAAGAUUCUCUGUCACAGCAGCAAUCUCAGCCACAACUGCAGCAGCAGCAGUCAUUAAAUCAGAUGUCUCAGAAUCAGCCAUCAUUCUUUACACAGCCACAAUCUCUGGCUCCAGCCCAGCAACCCGCUCCCCAGCUCAAGCAGCAGGCCACAUCCUCGUCCAGGUUUAAUGAUUCUCACGAACUCAACAAUCUUUUGGCUACUGGUACAGGUGUUGACACUUUCGGUAACACUGGAGCCACCAGAAUACCACACCAGCAUACAAAGACUGGUACUUUCAUCAAUUCUAGUGGCACGGGCUACAAGCAAGCACAGAAUGACAUGCGGUUGAGCUCGAAUGCGACAGGAAAUCCGUUCCUCAACACCGGUAUUGGUGCAACCGGACAAAAUGGCCCUCAAAUGCAAAACCAGAAUGGACUGCAAGCACCUCGUAGAAUUGACCCAGCUCCUACUGGAUUUGGAUUUGGAAAUUCGAAAGAAGGUGAGCCAAGCUUGAUUGACAUAUAG